AUGAGUACCUAUGUCGGUCUCAGAACCGCGGAUGACCCCUGGGUCUUCCAACUCAACUCCAAAAGCUUCAGCGGCAAAAUGAACCAACCCAGCUUGCUCAACGCACCAAAUCAGAACCGCCUAAGCCUCUCGGAGGUUAAGGAACAAAUCAUAGCUAACACACACUGCCUCUGGCCAAUCUUAACCCCAGCCCAGGCUCUGCUCAACCCGCCAAAUCUCCGUCCACCGUUCACCUUGAUCACUGUCGCGUCUCGCGAUACCGUCAUAUCGGCUCAUGUCAUCUACGAGACCGAUACACGACAGGUCCUCUGGAUCCAGGGUGGGGCAGCAUCAACCCAGCGCGAAGCGUAUGACAAGCUGCUGGCUUUGACUAGCAAGAUCUUGUAUGCGAAGCAGGAGGGAAUUCGGGCCCCGCUUGACAACUCCGAUACCCACAAGAGUCGAAAACAGGCUUCUUGGCCGCAAGACAUGGAUAAAUACGGCAACCCCCAUCCAAACACGUUCCCCACGAACAAUAACAACAGCGCUAACCGCCUCAGUAUCUCGGAGAUCAAGGAGCAGAUUCUCGCCAACGCUUCCUUCCUGUGGCCUGUCUUCCACGAAGUCAGCUCCGACUACCCUAUUCGUACGCCACCCUUCAAAAUCAUCACUUCGGCGACAGCUUCCUCCGUGGGUGCCGAAAUUCUGUAUGAGCAGGACUUCAAGCAGUGCAGUUUCAUAUGGGCCAGUCCGGCUGCCAAUCAUCGCCAUGCUUACGAGAAGCUGCUCGCCUUGACGGAUCGGCUGGUGCAGAAGAAUCGAAAACAUUUCGCUGAAUCGUCGGGAUUCUUGUCAGGAUUGAGGAACUGGGAGGCGGGCCCGAUGGGUGGAUAUAGAUCAAAUCAGAGGUAG